UUUCAGGCGAUGGACGCCGAGAACGGCGAGCUGUUCCUGGGCGCCAUGGCGACCGACGGCUGGCAGCUCGACGCCCCGUUCUCCUGCUCCGACCUCGGGUUCAGCGCCUCGGCCAAGCCCCUGCAGGACUGGGCGGGGGACCCCGACUGUACGCUGGACCACAGCGAGUCGGAGGAGGUCCUCCACGGCGUGGACCCCAACGAGGUGUUCCCCAGCGGGCUGCCCGCGGACUCCGAGUCCGAGAGCGACAGCGGCAUCUCCGAGGACCCCGUCGCGGCGGAGAGUCCCGUCACCACGGCGACAGCCCCGGCGACUGUGUACCAGGUGGUCUACGACAUCAGCGGCCUCGGCGGCGUGAAGACGGAGCCGGGACUGGAGAACGUGAUCUCCAUCGAGCUCGGUGGGUCCAGCACGCGUCCUGGGUCUCGUUUUAAAGAUGUGUCGGUGAUGAACCUUCUCGUCUGUUUGCCAACCGCCAAUAAACCCCAGAGACCAGACUUGGUGUGUUGUGGGUUGCUCAGGCUGGACCCGGACGCGGAGCUGACAGCUGGACCCUUUAUUCCGGAAGAACCGACAGAGAAUCAGCGGGUGGACGUGGUCCGUGUUGUCCGUCCUGCAGCCGCGGAGGGCGGCUCUGCGCUCCGCAACCGACCGACUCAAGACCCACAGACCCAGUCAAACUGA